AUGUCUCCAUACAAGCUUGUUUUUGGAAAAGCAUAUCAUCUUCCGGUGGAACUUGAACAUAAGGCCUAUUGGGCAAUCAAGGAAUUAAAUAUGUGCCUAGAUGAUGCAGGGAAUAAAAGAAAAUUGCAGUUAUGUGAAAUGAAAGAGCAUAGGAACAUGUCCUAUGAGAAUGCCAAGUUGUACAAGGAAAAGACGAAACAGUGGCAUGACAGAAGAAUUCAACAGCGAGAGUUAAAAGCAGGACAACAAGCUUUAUUGUUCAAUUCUAGAUUAAAACUGUUUCCAGGUAAAUUAAAAACUAGGUGGUCAGGACCGUUUCUAAUCCACAAAGUUUACCCACACGGAGCAGUCGAUCUAGUGAACCUUGAGGAUAACAGUCUGUUUAAGGUAAUGACCAAAGAAUAA